CCUGGGGGCACCUUGGGCCGGGGGCACUUCUGGCAACACCCGAAAGAGGCGAAAUCGAGGCAAGGGCCGCAGCAUCGGUACCCCUAAGCCCUCCUUUACAGAGGCCGCCUAGCUGGGGUCGGAGUAGAUGGGGUCGGAGGAUCGCGCCGCACCGUCGAUGCAUCGUCGACGUCGGCGACACAUCGGCGACGUCGACGUGAAGCAAACCGGGCUGCACAUCGAGCCGCAUUCGCGCUGCGUCGGCGAUGCGGGGCGAUCCCCCGACCCCACCCAGCGCGACCCCAACCCGGGAGGCCCCGAUCCUCCGAGGAGCGGUGAUGGCGGGCCGCCGGCGCGCCCGAGCUCGAAGGGCGUCGCCCGUCCCGCGGGCGCGGGCGGAGCGGAGGCAAAUUCGAUUACUUGGCACAUCGUAUUAUCGGCCUCUCCAGAGCCACAGAGGCCAGGAAGGCUGCCCACACAAUCGCUCGGGUGGGUUUAGGUAGGUCUUCGCCUCUGCAGGCUCUGCUUGGCCACUCUCGCUGAGGCACCCCAUCCCUCGGAGGGGUGCGGCCGCCGCGGCCCCAUCGUUUGAGGGCCAAGCUGCCGGCCGACUACAGCAGCCAGGAGUGACACGAACAGAAGGCACGAAACGUCGGGAGAAGGACAGCAUCCACCACCACCACGCCUCCACGAGCUCCGCUCGGGCAGCAGAGUCUACGGGGUCAGGACACGGCGGCCUCACCGGAUGCCUCCUGGCUUGUUGCUUCUGUGGGGGGGGGGGCUUGACGAACAAAGACACGCGGCCCGGAGACCAAGCACCCAGUAGGCCACGCGAAAUCGCUCGAAGGCCCACCCCCCGCAUUCAAGCUUCGAGAAGGAUUGAGGAGGAUCAAUCAGGCACAGAAGUGAGCCGACAAAAAUAGAGACUGCUGGCGCACGGCAAACUGAAAUCGCGAGAUCGUUCCCCGUAUCCUCUCCAGCUUCCUUUUUGGAGGCCGCCUGGACGGGGUCGUAGCAUCGCACCGCAUCACCGAUG